UUAAUAAAACAUGUGUUGUUUUUGAUAGCGAGGGCCACCCCGUCAAGUAUGUGUGAGAUGCUCCUCCGCUACAGCCAAGGUCAAAGAUUACUGGGUUGUUUUUAACAAAUAUCUCUCUCUUACGCGUACCCACGCUCUCUAUCUCCUUAAAUUCGGAUCUCUCUUUGUGUCUUUCCUUUUCCUUCCUCUACCCUCUCCCGGGGAACUAAGGAAAUUUGACAUGUCGGACGCCUUGAUCAAUGGACUCGCCGGAGCUGGCGGUGGGAUCAUAGCUCAGCUUAUCACUUAUCCUCUUCAAAGUGUAAAUACUCGGCAACAAACGGAGCGUGAUGUGAAAAAGGCGAAGAGGAAGCAUGGAACCCUUGAGCAAAUGUGUCAGGUAGUUAAGAACGAAGGAUGGGGACGAUUGUAUAGCGGAUUAGCGCCAUCGAUUGUAGGUACAGCUUGUUCUCAGGGUGUUUACUAUUAUUUCUAUAAAAUAUUCAGGGAUAGAGCUGAAGCUAUAGCUCGUGAAAAUAAGAGGAAUGGAAUUGGUGAUGGAUCAGUUGGGAUGUUAUCAUCGCUUAUGGUGGCUGCCUUAGCUGGGUGUACAAAUGUGCUGUUGACGAACCCCAUAUGGGUAGUUGUUACACGUAUGCAGACUCAUUCGAAGAACUCAAAUAAGUCUCAGCCAGGUCACUCAUCCAUUGCCCCAGAUGAAAAAGCAUUAGAUCCAAUAGAGUGUCCUCCUUAUGGAACUGGCCAUGCGAUUCAAGAACUCUAUGAUGAAGCUGGAAUUCAGGGCUUUUGGAAAGGUGUAUUCCCAACAUUAAUCAUGGUCAGCAACCCUUCAAUGCAAUUCAUGUUGUAUGAAACCAUGUUGAAGAAGCUGAAGAAAAAGCGUGCCUUGGUUAAGCAGGGUGACACUGGAGUCACUGCUUUGGAGAUAUUUCUUCUUGGAGCUUUAGCAAAGCUUGGAGCUACUGUUGUAACAUAUCCUCUUCUAGUGGUAAAGUCAAGGCUUCAAGCAAAGCAAACUACAACUGGAGACAAAAGACAUCAUUAUGAAGGUACAUUGGAUGCGAUCCUCAAGAUGAUUCGCUAUGAAGGGCUCCAUGGGUUUUAUAAAGGCAUGAGCACGAAAAUUGUACAAAGUGUUCUUGCAGCUGCUGUUCUGUUCAUGAUCAAGGAAGAACUUGUCAGGGGUGCUCGAAUGUUGCUCACAAAGGGUGGCACUAGUACAGGGAGAACAAGGGCUGCCUGAUUGGAGCUUUGUCAUUGCAUCUCCGCUUCUGAUUAUGUGGUCGGUGCUAGCAUUAUUAGGCUCUGACUUCGAAAUAAGAAAGAUUUACGGAGUAAUAGUGCCAAGGUACUCAAUUGAUUAUUUGGAAACUUAUUCAAAUUCAGGUAAUUUAUACCACAAGCGGCGAAGCUUAAUGCUGCUUGCUUUACCCAGAA